AAUUCCAAAUGGAUAAUUUGCCCUGGAUUGAGAAAUAUCGCCCUAAAAAUUUUGAUGAAGUGAUUGCACAUAAGGAUAUCAUUGAAACUAUUCACAAGUUUAUUAAAGAGAAUAAGUUACCUCAUCUUUUAUUUUAUGGAACACCUGGAACUGGAAAAACUUCAACUAUUUUGGCAUGUGCUAAAUUGUUAUACACUCCCAAAGAAUAUAGUAGCAUGGUUUUGGAGUUGAAUGCUUCUGAUGAUAGGGGUAUUGAGAUAGUCAGAGGGCCAAUUUUAAAUUUUGCUAGCACAAAGACAGUUUUUAACCAAAAGUUUAAGCUGAUAAUUCUUGAUGAAGCAGAUGCUAUGACUAAAGAUUCUCAAAAUGCUUUGCGAAGGAUUAUUGAAAAAUACACAUCAAAUGUUAGAUUUUGUCUUAUUGGUAAUCAUUUAUCAGGCAUAAUACCAGCAAUAAUAUCUAGAUGUACCAGGUAUAGAUUUGGUCCAUUAAACAGUGAAGCCAUGUUAAAUAGAGUUACAUAUAUUGCACAAGAAGAAAAGCUAAAUGUAACGGAUGAUGGGAUAAAAGCUUUGGUCAAAUUGGCGAAUGGGGACAUGCGAAAAGCGUUGAAUGUUAUGCAGAGUACUUCCAUGGCAUACGAUAUUAUAGAUCAAAAUAAUGUUUACACGACUACUGGCCAGCCUUUGCCCCAAGAUAUUAAGGAUAUACUUGAAUGGAUGCUUAAUUUGCCUCUGAAAUCUGCUUACGAAAAUAUACUGGAUUUGAAAGUUGAAAAAGGGUUAUCUUUACAAGACAUAUUGACAGAAAUUCACCUGCUUGUUCAUCUAAUUAGUUUACCCGUGACCAUUCUACAAUCGUUGACGGAAAAAUUAGCAAAUCUAGAAUACCAACUCUCAUUUGGUACUAAUGAGAGGAUACAAUUAUCAGCCCUGGUUGGUGUGUUCCAAUCUGCAAAAGAUCCUAUUGUGGCUUUGUCAUGUGGAAGUUCAUAAUUAUUCAUAGUCGUUGUUUUUUUAAAAAAAACUAUUUCUCAAUUCUUUAUGAUUUUGAUGAUUUGAAAGAUAUAAAUUUUAAU